GGAAACUCGUCCAUUUGACUGUCUCUAAUGGCAUAAGUAAUAUUACGUUGCGACUGCCCGUAAUGGUCACACAAGGUACAGUAUUGAAUACUAAAGAAGGAAACACAAGUAUUGAUCUUCAGCUGAUCAAACCUAUAAAUUAUUGUACGUUGUGUUUUAGAUUUGAAACCGAAAAAUCUGAAGUUGUCAUUCGAUGAUCCAAUUUUGACGGUUAAGUGGGACGAAGUUAAAGAGCCAAGUAUACUCCGAUAUAGGGUGUUUUACAGGUAGGAUAUUAUCAUGUUUGUCUGUCUGUUCAUGCGCGAUUUAACUGUAAACUCUUAGCCAAUCAAAUUGCGUUUACCAACUACAAUGUAUAGUAAUUAAAUUUAUUUGUUGUCUUAAUAUCGUGCUGUUCAUUUCAGAACUGCGAGUGAGCAAUCUUUCCAAGAGGCGAAAGACUGCAGUACAAAGAACACAAAAUGUGAGAUUAGAAAUGUCACGUAUUACACAUGGUACUCGGUCAAAGUAGACACCGCUUUGAAGGAUGGAUAUGGUCCCGAGUCUGACACAAAGAGAAUACAAAUUCCUAGUGGAAGUAAGUCGCAACAUCGAAUUAAAGUUUUGAGCAUACUGCGAUUUUUACAUGACCUUGGAACGGCAAUUAUUUUGUCAAAAUGUUUGAACGUUUAGGGCCUGUUUAUAUGGAGGCGAGUCACCCGGCAAGGCAAGUUACCCGCCAAGGCGCAAUCUCGUACCCAGAGUAUGCCCGUUCGCAGGUUAGGUGCUGGGCAUACUCUGGGUACGAGAUUGGUUCAGGCGGGACAGCUAAACGUUAAAAAACAUUACAAAAUGUCGUCAAAAUACAAAAAUAAGCGCCGAGAAAUUCGGGAAAACUUAUAUAUCGAUUACCUCCCCUCCAGAUUCGACCAUGUGAUUUAGUGACUAUAUACAGACGAGCAAAUAAAACAUGUCCUAGACUAAACUUGCUCGUUUAUUAUACGGCUUUAAUGAAAAAUUGCACGCAUGUUCGGUAGCGUAGCCAGCCAGAUAGCCUGCGAACAGGUUUUUUUAAUCUAAUUCAAUUCAAAGAGCCUGUUCGCAGUCUACCAACCCGACGAUUUAGUCCCGCUAUGCAAAUAUUUUCGUGUUUAUUGACUGUGAAAACAAUCAAUUUGUAAAGAAAUGAAUAAUGAUUUGAAUAAUUUUGAAUUUGCAUAGCGGGACUAAAUUGUCAGACUGGCUGAAGACAAUAACUGCAGAGAUUAAAUUCAUGUGUUUUGCUCUGUAGAGCCUGGGGUUCCACAGAAAGUGAAGCUUGCUAAUGAAGGGCAAGUGAAAUUGGAAGCCUCUUGGAUGCCGCCAUUAUUACCGAACGGCAAGCUUAUUGGUUACGCGGUAAGUUGUGGUAGUUCUCAUGAAUCUGGAAUGCCAAUACUUUUUCGGAUUUUGCUCUGGAGGAGGGGGGGGGGAUGAAGGGCGCAUUUGCGAUCUGGGGAAUCUGAUCUAAGAGUAAACACAGAUGCCAGAAAACGGCAUUUCGGGGGGGGCUGCACUAUCACAGGGAUCCAUUCUCCCCAGUGGCCGGUUGUUCAAAGCUGGGUUAGCUUAACCCUAGGUUAACCUAAAAUUCAAAGCAAACUUCAUGACAGCUUGUCUAAAAAUUUGGAAAUGUUUCUUCAGAGAUUUUGUCUGGAUCGAUAGGAGUUUACUUCUCUGAAGUUUUGAAAUAAACAGACGUGCAGAAAUACACAAACUAAAACAGCAGGUUAAAUUUUAACCCAGGGUUAGCGCUAACCCACCUUUGAACAACCGGUCUCUGGACAUUUUGAACAUCAGGUGCCCCAAAUUGGUUAAAAAUGCAUUUGCCAUACAACAUUACAUCAUUCUGUACAGUUUAUACACUUUGAUGCAAUUCCAUUUCUGAGGUCAUUCUUACAGUGCAGGUAACAUUCUCUUGGUUUGAAUUUUCCCCCUGAACUUCUCCAUUAGUUAUUUCUUGAGAUAUUUCUGGGAACUCAAAAAAUUUUCUGGGAAAAAUUGCCUCGUAAACACAGUAGUUUCUAUCCACGUCUCUGGUCUACUGUUCUGGUAUUUUUGUUCGCCAACCCAUUAACCAUAUGAUAAAAUAAUUGUCUAAUGUAGAUGUAAUUUCUUUCAGUACAAAUUUUACAAAUCCGGUCAAACUCCACCAAGCGGGACGAUAAUUUCUGACCCAACGAUUACCACGAAAGUCUUCGAUAAACUCGAUGCUGAUGUAGAUUAUAUGUUUGAGGUGAGUGGAUAAUAUGUAUGUAUGUGUAUAUAAGAUAAUCUCACAGAAAAGCUCAGAUAUAUUAAACAGAUAUUUGGUAGUAUAUUAAACAGAUAUUUGGUAAGUGCUUAGUUGUUGACUGCAAACUAAUUUGUUUUUCGUUGCAAACUUUUCUGAACAAUUUAUAUUCUCAAUGAACAUUUUUUUUCGCUGUUGUUUCGGUAUCAAUUGUGUAAAAAACUUGUAUUUAAAAAUGUAUUUUGCUAAUUUUUGAGAGUUUUUUCUUGUACUAUUAUUAUCUUUCUCAAUGCGAAUAUUUCCCUUUUUUCUGCUUCGCAAAACUCGUGUGAUAUAUGGCGAGUAAUUCAACCAAUCAGAUUGCAGUACAGCUCAUGUCCGGUGGAUAACUAUAUUAUAAAUGCGUAUAUGUGGAUAUAGGGAUAGGAUAUGUGUAUCUGUGUAUAUAUGUAGGGAUAUAUGGUCCCGUGGUCCGAUACUUUUCCAUCGUUGGUAAUGUCAAAUAUUUUUUCUUAUACUUCAGGUUGCAGCUAUGAAUAAGGAUCACGUUGGUGUUUAUUCUGAAGCGAGGUCGGCAAGGACCGGUGUUGAUAGUAAGUAUAUGCAUAGCCUGAAAACAGACCUACGUUUCGCCCGCCCUAAAAUUCGCUGGUCGACGAAGGGCGACCGCGAGUUUUAGGGCGGGCGAAACGUAGGUCUGUUUUCAGGCUAGUAUAUGCACAUAUAGAUAAUAAAACAAUAGAAAAAUUCAGUUCAAUGAAAGGGACAUUUUGAAGCUUGCUAAUGGGUUCUGGUUUUUAAAAAAUGUUUGAAAACGUCAUUAGCAGUUGAGUGUCCAUUGCUUACACAAGGCUCCCUUUAGUAAAACCCGACAUCAGUAAAUUGAUAAAACUAAGAUAUCAUAUAGUGGUGCUACGAUAUCGUGCAGUAAAGCUACGAUGUCCCGUCGCGUUGCCGUCCUAAAAUCGUGAGGUCUCUAAUGAGUUAUAUCAACACGGCUCUUAGCCAAUCAGCGUUCAGAAUUUACAAAUGCUAUAUUAUAAAUUUCUAUAUAACUCAACCUUGAUUCUAUUUUUGUUGUUCUUCAGAACCCACCCUCCCUCCCACAGGAAUUGUUGCCACGAAAGUGACAGCUACAUCAGCUCAGCUGACUUGGACGGCUCCAUUAAUAAGGAAAGGUUCUAAAAUUUAUUUUUCGCCGAAGGUAAGUGCAUGUAAUAGACCUCAUGUCGUUUUUUUACAGUCCAACUGUUGUUCAUAAAUGCAAUAGACCUUAUGCAUAAUGACGUCACAAGGCAUGAUGCCCGCGAGGAGUGCUGGUAUUAGUAGUCAUUGCGCAGGAAAAUUUCGAUAGUGGCCAUUUUCAAUUGUUGAUGCGAUGACUACUAAAACCAGCAUUCCUCGCGGGCAUCAAGCCUUGUGACGUCAUUAUGCAUAAGGUCUAUUCCUAUAUAAUUGUUAAUAAUUAAUAUUUAAGUGUUUUUUUAAUAUGUAUAUUUAACAUUGUAAUAAUAUAAUACUUUAGUUGGACUUAAUUAGGAACUUAUGUUCUGUUGUUCUGACCAUACGCGAUUGUAAAGUUAAUAAAAAAAAUACAAUGACGUGACGGUAAUUAUUUUUAAUUCUUUCAAAUAAGAGAAAGUAAAUUUUUGCUGCCAAUAUCCGUUAAAACCUUUGGGUUUUUUCUCUUAGAGUUAUAAUAUGUAUAUGAAAACAGCUGGGAAAAUGACCAAGGUUGGCACGGCAUCAGAAAAUCGAUAUACGUUCACUGGACUUCACUCUGACACUAAAUACGAUGUGGGUAUCGCGGCUGUAGCCAACGAAGAAGGACCAAUGGCCAACUUUUCGUUCACCACACCAAUGGAAGGUGAGUACGACACCACUGAGACAGCAGUGUAGAAUAGGGGAGGCUCAGGGGGGCUCAGCCCCACUUGUUAGAAGCUCAGGGGGUUGAGCUCCCCUGUGAAAAAUGUUGUGCCUCGUUUGGGGGGCUGACCUCACAAUAUUUUGCGGUUAGUUAGUGAACUUUAUUUAAUGUGAUGAUGUUAGUAGUCUGUACUUGAUUACUGUGUUCAUACUAUUACAUAGGUCAUGUAUGUGGCUCCAAGAUGAAAUAGUUUCGGUAUAUUGGAAUCUUUUAUUUGAAGCCUUUUUUUCAACACUAAUUGAAGAAUUACUAGAACCAAAAAUAGAUACUGGAGCGAGAACUCGUGAAGUGAAGCCAGCUUCGUGUUAACCGCGGAGACAAAAAAAAACAAUAGAGAGAGAGACUGCAUGGAACUGACGUCUAAUAACUCUUUCAAUUUCCGCCAUCUUGGCAUGGAGUGUGCCGAAAUUACGCAUUUUGUAAAGAACUAUAACACUGUGGUUUUGGAAUUAGCUGAGAAAAUAGUAUAAACGCUGUUUACGACCUUCAGAGCUUUUGCACGUCAACGGCCGCCAAGAAUGGCUUCACUUUUUUCAUAGACCAAAUGACUGAAGGUCUUACCCACCCCCCUGGCCAAAAACUUUCCAUAGGAUACCAUUCAAUUGUCGCACAUGUCCUUUACCACUUCUGUGACAUGAGUUUGAUAACUGCUUGUGCAAUUUUGUGCAGUGUAAAAUUUCAUGUUGGCUGCACAUGUACUUUCUUUGGAGACACCAUUUGCCUCCUGAUAAAUCGGAAAAUGACCAAGAUAGUGACUCUGAUUGAUUGAUUUACAUAUUGUAUUGACAUAUGACUGUUGACAUUGCUUUUUAGUCUUCAAUAUUACAGUGAGUCAUGCUCUGGAAAUGACAAUCAAUUUUUAUUACCCAACCCUUGUGUUGUUUUGUUUUUCAUUUACCCAACCUUUUACUCACUCAAACUUUUGUUUACCCAACCCUUUUCUCUUCGGUGCCACGCCCCCUCGCCAUACAUAAUGACCGGUCCCUACGUUUCCAUGGAAGUAAUGACUGCGCAGGAUUGAUUCAUUCAAAGGUUGGCUACCUUCAUAAAAAAUAGAAUCAAAUCUGCUGCCAUGAUUAUCACAGAAAUAUGAUGGCAAUUUCGGGCGAAAAUUGUAUACAUACUUUAGACCCAAUUCCGAGAUAUCCGGAGCUGGACAACCAAUCAAAUUGCGCGAGAGGCACCAUGCACCUCCCAAGUGUACGCUAAAAUGACCGUUCUUUUUUACAGCUCCUGCUGUUCCGAUCAAUUUGAAAACGACAGCAAUCACUGCGCGUGAAGCAACGUUCACUUGGUCGUCUGCAGGACCAGAUGAUAAAAUUACUACCUACGCAUUGUAUCAGGUUUGUCCUAACCCUUUGUUUUUACUGUUAAUAUAAAUAAUACACAUAAAAAUGUUACUCGACUGUGAUUGAUUGAUUGAUUUCAGUGCCGUUAAUCCCAUCCCAAACAGCCGUUCAAAAAUCUGUAACAACAGUGCAAAACACUAGAAUUUUUUUUUCACAAUCCUUAUUAUGAAAACAGCAUGGAAAUCCAAUUUUCAUACUAAUUACAGUUUCCACACUGUGGAUAUAGUAUGGAAAUACAAUAGUAUGGAUUAUACAUACCAUGGAUUUAAUAUGCAAUUACAAAUUUCAUGGUAUGGAUUUCACUAUUUUUUCCAGCCGAAAAUCUGUAACAACGGUGCAAAAUUCUGUGACUUAUACUAAUCUGAUUGGUGAAUAAACAUUGGAAUCUAACGUUAAAGGAUUAGUGUCAGGGUCAUGCAUUGCCGGCUUUUGUUAUUGUUUACAUUUUACUUAAAUACAACAAAUAGCGAUAAAAAUACCUUGUUUGGUACAUUUCUGAUAAAAAUCACACAAAAAGAGCAAGUAUUAUAAAAGGAUGGUUUAAAUAUAUGACGGAUUGUAAACACUUUCCAGAUCAUCUAAUCUAUUCGUCCCGAAAAAUGGCCGCCAGCAGGAGUUUGAGCCCGCGAAUUCCCGGUGUGACACUAAUCCUUUAAUCAAUCUGCUUAAAGGCCGUUUUCCACUAGGCGGAAUUUUUCGCGCGAAGCGAAAUUUCUCUUUGUCUUUUUUAAUUAAUCCCACCCGAGAAAUCACAAGACAAAGAAAAGCUGUGAAGUCACAGAUAACACGUGAAGGUCACAGAUAACACGUGAAGGUCACAGAUAACACGUGAAGGUCACAGAUAACACGUGAAGGUCACAGAUAACACGUGAAGGUCACAGAUAACAGAUUGCUCCAAUACAUUCUAUUGUCAAUCAGUAUUGGCUUCCAAGUUCGAGUUUUUAAAUAAAUAAAUCAAUUAUUGUUCUAUUAUUAUAGCUUUCGCCUCUCACAAUUGGCAAACCUUGGUGGUCAUUCAAAACAACGAGAGGACAAGUGAAGAACCUUGCCCCAUUCACAAAGUAUACGUUUGCCGUUACGGCUAAAAACACACACUAUGAAAGCGGGAAAAGUGAAAAUGCUACGUUCAUCACCAAAGAGGACAGUAAGUACAUAAUAAACAAUAUAAUAUUCACAUUAUAUAGACUAAUCUUGGCAAAAAAGUAUAUUCCCGGAAAGAGAAUACUAAAAUGAGUCAAACUUUCCGCACGCAAUACAAAAGUAUACAAAAUUUGCAAACAUUUGCAAGGCUAUAUUUUCCGUAUUUUACAACAUUUCGCAACCAAACUUUGUAAUUUUACUAACUUUAACAUGCUCUUUCUAGCUGUGGUGAUGGAUUUCUUUCUUCUUGGCUCUUGCCUAGAUCAAAAUGUAGUUCAUAGCUGGAAUCACUCAUUGGCAUUGCAAAGUCGAGUGAAAAACGUAGUUAAUAUAUUUCAAUAUUUUAUUUCUCUCAGAACCAGGCAAGCCUUCAGCGAUUAGCGUGACAGGUCUAUGGCCCGGGUCGUCAUCAGUCAAUGUCUCUUGGGAUCCACCCAGAGAUCCAAAUGGCGUAAUAACUCAAUACACGGUGAGUAAAUAACCAUUGACGGAUUUUCAGAUUUUACUCUGGGGGGGGGGGGGGGGGGGGGGCCUACGAAUGAGCUGCAACAGGGUCUGAGGCACAGUCCUUAUCGGACAGGGUUGGGGUAAGUGAUCGAGUCCACCUUGGCGGCUUAGAUACAGUGGCGCCGUGGGCCCCAUGUUUUAGGGGGGGGGGGGGCAAGGGCAGUACUUUUCCGACAAACCGAAAUUUUUUUCCAACAAACCGAAAAAAAUUUUCCGGACGACAACAUUUCAAAUCCCCCCUGUCGACAACUUUGUGGGUAAAAAUUUCUCCGGACAAUAACAUUGCAUUUGCUUUCGUAGCACUUUUCCCGAUUUUCGUAGCACUUGUUUCGAUGCUUCAGCAUGAAGAUUCCGACACAGUGACAAUUUUCCGACGGGUCUCAACAAUAGGGGGGGGGGGGCUGCCCCCUCCCGGCCACGGCGCCACUGCUUAGAUAUGACUCGAGCACGCACAAUAACUGUUAAGUCUUUUUUCAGGUAACGUGGUUCAUCCAGUUGAGGAAUAAACAGACUGUUUCUACGGGACAACAACGAUGGUUACAAAUCGAUCAUUUAAAAGAAGAAACAAUGUACACUUUCCAAGUUCAGGCUCAUACAAAAGUUGGCAUUGGUAAUCCGCGCAUUCAAGUUUUCAAGACGAAAUAUUGUAAGUAAAAGCAUUACCUGAUAUAUAGAUUAGUUAAGUAGUUAAAAGUUAGAUCGACUAACCGUAUUUUUUAUAAUAUACUCAAGUAAUAAUAUGCAUGAAAAAAAUUGUCAAUUUUGAUUGCCUAAGAGCAGUGCAAUUUUUUUGAAAUACAGUGCCAAAAAAUGAAAUACAGUGAAAAAAGGAUACAUGCACUAGUACUAAAUUAAUUUCUUAAUUUUUUUAUUUGUAUAUCUAUAUUUAUUCACUACAACUGAACAUUGAUUAUGAUAUUACACAAUUCAGAUCCGUACGGCAGUCAGUCAAUAACAAUCCCGUUUGAAGAAAGCGUCCGCGUCGAGUCACUGGCUCAGAAUACGAAUUUUAGAAAGAGCUUUAUUGACGCAGUAGCAAAGGUUGCUGACAUUAAAAAGUAAGUCCUGAUUCCAGGAUGCGACAAUUCUAGAUUUUUAGUCGUACCUAAGUAACCUCAUUUUGGUAGUCCAAUUUUAUUGCCUUGUACGUUUUUUAAGACUCGAAGUUUACACACGUAAAAACACACAAGUUGUUACAGGUCUGCAAACAAGUUGUUACUAAUCUGUUCACAAGCUGUCGACAAGUUGUGUUCGCACUGCUUGUUCCCAGGGAACAACUUGUAACAAGCUUGAUGGCAUUAUCAGACUUGUUAUACAAGGUUGUUCUAACAAGUCUGAUACAGUCAUGAGAAAACAAGAAUGUUACAAGGUUGAUGACACAAGGUUGUAACAAUACUGUUAUAUCAUGACUCUAUCGGACUUGUUGGAACAACCUUGCAACAAGUCUGAUAAUAUCAACAAGGUUGUUACAAGUUGUUAACAGUUUUUUCCAAACUUGUUGACAACGUGAAACAAGCAGUGCGAAGACAACUUGUUGGCAGACUUGCUACAAGAUGCGAGACUUUUGCGGGUGUAGUCUUUAAAAUGAAAUACAUAAACUACAGGUUUCUGAAAAGUAUUUGUUCAGUAACCCGAUACUACUUGUUAGAACGAGAAACAUUCUUUUAGUCUGAAACCAGUUAAUUAUUGCCGAGAAUUUUCAUGAGGUGAUAAUCACAAUUUAAGAUAUGUUUUUUGUUUUAUCUCAAAUCUAGCGUGCGUAUUGCAGAUGUACGUUUGAACACAGAAGAAAAUGCUGUUAUGUUUGUAUUGAUAAGCAAAGAAGAGCUUCAUGGUAAGUUUUUAAACUCAUUAAUAAUUUAUAAUGAGUAGGAUACAAAAUAUGAGAGGGAGAGGGUAACCCCUCCCCAAAAUAAUUUCCGAGAAUUUGAUAUGGUCUCUGUUGUUUAUAAGACAGCAUGAAACAUGCAAAGAACUUGGCUUGAGUCCGUCUGAGCAUUCAAAUUUGACUUGUAAUCAAAUUUGACAGCAUACAGAACAAGACGGUCAGAAGGGUAACUAGCCUUAAGCGAAUCUUUGUUACCAUGUACUGCACGAAAAAUGUUUACCAAUAGCCGAGUACUUGUGCUUGGCGUUAGUGAAGAUGGCGGACUGUGUAGCCCAUGAUUAAAAUAUUGAGAAUUAUUUCAUUAUUAGAAGAAUGGAGCUAAAUAGAGGGUGGAGACGGCCCUGUCUUUAUCUUCUAAUAAUUGUUUUUUGUUCAGGUUCAACAUCCACCGAUAUCAAUGCAGAGAUGAACAUUGUGAAGGCUAAACUUCAGCCUUCUUUUAAAGUGUUGGGCGCCAGUACCAAAGCUAACGCUGUCUCGUAAGUGUGAUAUAAAAUAUUAGCCAUAUAAAAUAUUUAGCAGGGUUGGCAAACCCUGGGUCUACUAGUUCUUAAAUUUUCUUCCUAGAGGUCCAGUAAGGAUAGUCAGUUAAUAUUAGUACAGUGUUACUACAGGACAAAAGCUAUAGACUAAACUAACUUUACUCAUAACUCUAUAAGUUCUAAACUCUUCUUUCUAAAGGCCCAGUACGGGUCAUGCCAUUUACACUUACAGUGUCGGCGUCACCCCGUUAUGAAGUUACACUAAUUGAACAAUCAUUUCUCUUAGAUUUGGAACGACUAAUGCUGGUGAGCCAGCCGCCAGUUCGCGAGGGUCUGGAGGGUCAACUAAUAUGGCUUUGAUUGUGGGCCUGGUGUGUGCCGCUGUCAGUAAGUAUCGCGUUUGUUGCAUAUAUAUGCUCAUGGGCUGCCAGUUUUUGAGUGCAUGAAUUCGCCUUUAUGACUAAAGAAAACCAUUCAUUUAAAUAAUUGUUUCGCAGAAAAAAAUGUUUUUUUAAAAAUAUUGUAAUAAUGGGGAUUUUUUUAGGGUUUUUUGUUGGGGUUUUUUUAAUGUUAUCCCAUUCAAUUCACUUUUUUUUUCUUUUGUUUUAGUUCUCGUUCUCUUAGUGGUGGUAGCAAUGAUGUUCUUCCGAUACCGUCGCAAAGGUCUCUACAAUAAAUUUGAUAAUAAUUUCCAAUAUAACCACGAUGAUGAUAGUGUUCGCUAUGUAGAGUCUCCAGAAGGUAAGUUAUGCAUGUAUGUAUACACCAUUGUUAGGGCUGAUUGCAUGGGGAGUUUUCAGCCCGGGCUGAGUUUCAUCUUUCCCGGGCUGAAAUUUCAGCGCAGCCUAUAAGAAUAAAAUCUAUUAAAACACAGCAAACGAUUACAUGACAGAAAUUUCAACCCGGGAUGAGUUGAAUCAGCCCGGUUGAAGCUAUACCCGGGCAAAAAACACUGACCUAAGGCCUGUUUUGUACGUCGAAUUUCGGUCGCGUCCGAAUGCAAAUUCGACGUAUAUAAAACAGACCUAAAACUCUCUUGCUUGGGCUUGAGCUUGAACAAUUGUUUGUGGACAAAUCAAGAACUUGCGCGCGAUUCGAUUUAUAUCGCCGUUUCGCUUGGACAUUUUGAAUAAAUAGUUGAACUUAAUAUUAAUAUUAAACCAUUUACUAUUAGGAAAGAGUUUAUAGUUAUUUCUUCGACAUAGUUUAGAUCUGAUCCAGAUCUUGUUUAUUUCAACUGUAAAAUAUGUUCUCUGCAUUCCCGUGACAUCAAUACGGGGGGCAGGGGGGGGGAGCUAUAUUUUUUCAUUAUAUAAUAAAUUCGGCUCGUGUAAUUUUGGCACGUUUUUCAAAAAUCAGUCCAUGGUGUUAAUCGUCAAUUGCACUUCUUCCAGUAUGAUUACCGAUACUUAUGUAUUUCUCUUUUUGAACAGUUGAAAUGGUUGGACCUUCUCAGAAACAUCGUCAUAAAGACAUCGAGACCGUUCCUCUUGCUGAUGCUGACGAGCUAACUUAAGCGUAGUCUGUCUAAAUAUUUUGAUAAGAUUGUAAAUUUCUUUGGAAUAACUCGUCUCAAUCGUAUUCUUGUUUUACACACUAUAGAUUCGUAGAAUUUUUGCACACUGAAUAUAUUGCAUGUCCUUGAAUGACCUUGUUCGACUUUGCCGCCUGAAUAGUUAGAAUUGUGGGUGAAUUUACCCAAAAAUCUCUACGAACGAACUACAUAUACUGUAUCAGUUUAAGUGUGUAUUUUGUGUGUUUUAGAUAAUGAAUAAUUUAGUUGUUAAUAAUCAUCAAUAAAUACAAGAUAUUUGUGUACACGAAU